UAUUUAAGUUGAACCAUGUGCGUAGACAUAUUCACCGAUCAUCUCUCAACCCGCUCUGGUUCCGAGCGGUUCCAAUAUACUCGUAACAACAUGGCGCCGAGGAAGAUUGAUCAGGUGAGCUCGAAGCCACAAACGGGGAAGAAAUUGAGAGUUAGGAUCGAGGACAGACGAAUGAAAGCUGAGAUGGGAAAGGUGAAAGAAGAACAAGGAUGCUUAAGAGACGAGCAGAGGAAAUCAGUGACAAAGUUCAAUGAGAUCCCGAAUCAAAGCGAUGAACUGAAAGAAGAGACUGAAAUGAUCGUGAAGCAAUCGGUCAUCACUCGAGCCAAGCUCCUCCUCAUGUACGGAAUCUUGAAGGCGCGUGAGAGUGGAGAUUUGGUUCAAGCUGCUAUUCUCACUCGUUUCCUUCGUGAGAUUGUUGCCAUGGAAAAAGCUAAUGCAGUCUUGGCCGAAGCCGAAAAUGAAGAUGAUCCAUAGGCUACGCCCCCGAUCACAGGAGUGCCGAUAAAAGAUUUGAUGG